AUGUCGCAGCCACGAGAGAAGCUGCAGCGGUUGGUGCAGGAUGGCGCCAGGAAGGGACUGGAGUGGCGGCAAGGAGCCGUAGCAGAGAUCUGUAAAGAUGAUUUGCGAGCAAUGGUGACGGCGGCAGGGUUGCCAGUGAGGGCAAACAGCAGCAAAAAGUGGUUGACAAUGCCAGAACUGCGAGAAGCGUUGCUGGCAUAUCUGGCUUCUGAGGCUACAAAGGCAGCUGCUCCGCAGCCGGGACAGCAGCUGCAGCAGUUGCGAGAGGAAGCUGCCAUCAGGGGGCAAGAGUGGCUGGGAGGAGUUCUGGCAGAGAUCGGUCGAGAUCACUUGCGAGAAAUGCAGCUGCUUCGCAGCCGGGAGAGAAGCUGCGGUGGUUGCGAGAGGAAGCUGCCAUCAGGGGGCGGCAUUGGCUGGGAGGAGCUCUGCGAAGAGGAGCUGCGCGAAAUGCGCAAGGCUGCGGGCUUGCCAGUGAGGGCAAACAGCAGCAAGAAGUGGUUAGCAAUGCCAGAACUGCGAGAAGUGCUGCUGGCAGAUCUGUUUCCUGAGGCUGAGAAGGCAUCUGGAAGUACUGCAGAAGGAGCUGCUGCCGGCCAACUGGAAAUGGCCGAGGAGGUGGGGGUGACUGGGACCUGGAGUUUUCUGACAACAGUGAAUCUUCUGAGCCAGUUGAGAGUCAUGCCAUGGAGGUUGAACACACUGACGGAAUACAAGGUUUCUGAGGGUGCUUCUUCAGACAACGCUGAUCAGUUGUUUUCAAGUGAUGUUCCUGGUGUGGACCUGGCUGGGCAGUUUGGGAACGUCGGGACCUCGGAUUUCUUUUCAUUGGGAGGCCAUGCAUUGGAUGACAGUGGCCUUUUUGGUAACAAAUCUUGCGAAACAGAUGUAGGCUUGGAAUCUCCUGCAGGCUCCAACAUUUUUGAAGCACAACCUGGUUUCAAGGACAGUGGAGCGUUGGCCUUGGGUGCAAGUCAGGUACCAAGAGGGCCAGUGAUUUCAGAGUCGAGUUUUGACCAGCUUCUGUCUCACGCAUAUUUGGGCACCAGGGGGCCUUUGACUGUUAAGAUGCCUUGGGAGCGUGGUGUUUUCAAAAAGAUCUUCAAAAAACCUGCGCGCGGCCUACAAAAUGUUUUUCAGCAGCCUAGAGUAUGGGUCAAUCAUAAUCUGGACUCUGUUGCAGAGACGCUGGAAGAGUUACAUGGACCAGAUGUGGGCCAACCAGAGGCAUGGCAAUACCUGCGUGAGCUGAGAGAGACUGGAGCGGCUCCCACAAAGGGGACAAGUUUUUUGUCAGCAUGUGCAUACGCACUUCAUGUUUUUGGCUUCAGUGACUUGGAGGGCAUUUGCAACAGCAAAAGGCUGAGAGGGCUUGCAACAGACUUUCUGCACGCCGUCAAGGCGCCCUUGAAACAGGCGCUGGUCCUUACUGUCAGGCAAGUGCUCAGGCUGCAUGAGUUGUUGGAGUCUACAGACUGCAAUGUGGUUGACAGAGCGGUUGCUGCAUAUCUUCUUAAUGCUCUUUAUGGGAGGUUGCUGCCGGUGGUGUUCCCUGCAAUAGGAGUGCAAGGGCGAGAGUGGGUCACAGCUGCAAAGAUGGCUUUUGAAAGCUGUGGACUCAGGCCUUACGUCUCAAGAGAUGUCAAGGUUCUUGCGAGUCAUGCUGGGGGAACAGUUAGCACAGUCUGGGGAGAGUGGACCAAAGUUGUCGUCGCAUCCUGGGCAGCGAAAGCUGGCAUGGCAGCGCAGGACAAGUCUAUCCUGGGAAGACAUGUAAGUGCUUAUGCGGAUUCCAGUGCAGUUUAUACCAGGGACUUGUCAAUUGGUGCUGUGUCGCGCCUUCAGGAUGUUAUUUCACAAAUCUACAGAGGUGAGUUCCUACCAGACGCUCCUAGGAGCGGGUAUUACCCGGUGGCUGCGCCUGUUUUUGAAGAGCCCUGCAAUGCAGCCUCAGAAGUGGUUAAGGUUGAAGAUGAUGCCAUUGGACCGGAGCCCGUUGAAGAGACUCCGCAGGUUGAUGGCGAGCUAGUUGAAGAGGCUUGCAGUGCAUCCUCUGAUGGGUCAGAGUCUUUGGAAGGUUCAGACUCUGAGGAGGAGAUUGAACAACAAGCGCCGAAGUGUUACAAGCACAUCGCAGUGGGACCACUGGCUGGGAGGUUUGUGAUGCACAAAGUGUCACACCUGGUGCAUUAUGCGGACCAGCGUGUGCUUGAGGGCGCUGGAGCCAAAGUCAUUUCAUGUGGCAGGGCCUUGAACAACAAUUAUUACAAGACAACUGAGAAAUUUGACUCAGUGGAUAUGUGCAGGACCCAUGAAGUGUUGAAUCAAAAGCCGCCCACAAAGCAGUUGGACAUUUCAGCUGAGAACCUGCAUGGAAAGCAGGACACUCCAGACAUGACUGUCACUUCAGCGCUACAAGUGAAAGAGGCCUUCCAGAGGCGUGGAAUAGCGUUGGUGUUCGCGGAUCUGGUUACCCAUGAGAGUUAUACCAGAUAUCUUACCACUCUCUUUGGGCAUUUGCAUAGGGACCCGCCUGCGGGAUAUGCAAGAACCACUGUGAGCCAGCUUGUGUGGCAGAUGCUCCUGGAGGAGGGGGUGCAACCGAAAAGAGAUGAGAUGGGAGUGCUGGCGCUGGAUGCGAAGCUCAUGGAGAGUCUCCAGAGUUAUCGCGUCUCUUUUCCUUGUUGCCGCUGA